UUCUCCCCCUUUAUGUCAUACUCUCUCACAUUCGUCGUCUUCCAAGUUUGAGAAGAGAGAGAGAGAGACACACACAGUUUAGUUAUUGUGAAACAAUGGAAGGAGAUAGAGAAGAAGGCAAGAGUUUUAAGGAUUUAGGAUUAUGUGAACAAUUGCUAGAGGCUUGUGAUCGUAUGAACUGGAAAUACCCAUCAAAGAUACAAGCAGAAGCAAUUCCUCAUGCACUUGAAGGAAAAGACUUGAUUGGUCUUGCUCUAACCGGUUCUGGUAAAACUGGUGCCUUUGCUCUUCCCAUUUUGCAGUCCCUCUUAGACUCUCCACAACCUUUCUUCGCUUGUGUCCUCUCCCCAACAAGGGAGCUUGCAAUUCAAAUUGCUGAGCAGUUUGAGGCUUUAGGAGCUGGCAUUGGGGUUAAGUGUGCAGUGCUUGUUGGAGGGGUAGACAUGGUGCAACAGUCUAUCAACCUUGCAAAACGGCCCCAUAUUAUUGUUGGAACUCCUGGACGCCUUGUCGAUCAUCUUUCUAACACGAAAGGUUUUUCCCUCCGCACAUUGAAGUAUUUGGUUCUAGAUGAGGCUGACAGGUUGUUGAAUGAGGAGUUCGAGAAAUCAAUUGAUGAAAUUUUGAAAUUUAUCCCUCGUGAACGGAGAACAUAUCUAUUUUCUGCCACUAUGACCAGUAAGGUUAAGAAGCUCCAAAGGGCUUGUUUAAGAAAUCCUGUGAAGAUUGAAGCAGCAUCAAAAUACUCAACUGUUGACACGCUAAAGCAGCAGUAUUGCUUUGUACCUGCUAAAUACAAGGAAUGCUACCUUGUAUAUAUUUUGAAUGAGAUGUCUGGAUGUACAUCAAUGGUUUUCACUCGUACCUGUGAUGCGACUCGCUUUCUUGCUUUGAUGCUUCGACAUCUUGGUCACAGAGCCAUUCCAAUUAGUGGUAAAAUGUCCCAGUCAAAGAGACUUGGAGCCUUAAAUCAGUUCAAGGCAGGAGAGUGCAAUAUUCUUAUUGGCACUGAUGUGGCAAGUAGAGGACUUGACAUUGCAUCUGUUGAUAUGGUUAUCAAUUAUGACAUUCCUACAAAUGUGAAGGAUUAUAAACAUCGAGUUGGAAGAACUGCUCGUGCAGGAAGAUCAGGUGUUGCAAUCUCCCUAGUGAAUCAGUAUGAGGUGGAAUGGUUUGUGCAGAUAGAGAAGUUUGUUGGCAAGAAAUUUCCAGAGUUUCCUUCUCAAGAAGAGGAAGUCCUGCUAUUGAUGGAGUCUGUCAAAGAGGCCAAAAGAGUAUCUCUGGCGAAAAUCAAAGAACUAGGAGGCAAGAAUGGGAAGAAGCGAGGAGGAGAUGAUGAUGAUGAGGAUAUGGACAAAGAUACGGACAAAUACAUGACCCACAGAAAUGUGAAGUCGUCUAAGAAGAUGAAAAAAUGAAUAUAGCAGCCCCGGCAGAAAAUUUUGUUAGUGAUUUAGUGUGAGGGAUGAAGAUGUUUAUGUAGGUCUAUUAGUACGUAUACAUGAAUCCAAAUUUUUUGUUUGGAGUUUAAAUGGUUGUUACCAUUACUUGAUUCAUUUUUGUUUUCGAGGGAUGAAUUUUAGGGAAUAGAUGUAGGAGAAAUUUUUGGGUUUUAUUAUUAUAAGAAUAAUAAUUAUUAUUAGUUAUUUGAGCUAUAGAACACAUUUCUGUGGACA